AUGAGAGCAGUUCAGGAGACUCCACUGCGUGUCCUCGUCCUUCAUAUUUUGUUGCUCUUUUUGCUUCCAUUGGAGGCCAUAUCAUCACAAAGAACACAGGCUGAAGCUCUCCUAAAAUGGAAGAGCAGCUUUGGUUCUUCACCGCCUUCUCUGAAUUCAUGGUCCUUCACAAACCUAAACAGCCUUUGCUACUGGAGUGCAAUUGUCUGUAACCAUAAUACCAAAACAGUUUCUAAAAUUCACCUUGCAAACUUCAACAUCACUGCUGGAGCACUAACACAGUUCAACUUCGACAAGUUUCUCUAUCUCAAUUACUUCAACCUCAGUGGCAACAAUUUCUCAGGGCCUAUACCAUCUGCCAUGGGCAACCUCACCAACCUCACAACCUUGGAUUUGGGCAACAAUAUGUUUUCACAAGAAGUUCCUGCACAAAUGGGAAACCUAAAGGCGCUUCAGUACCUAAGUCUCUACAACAACAGUCUCACUGGUACCAUUCCCUAUCAGCUGGACAAUCUCAAAAAGGUAAAAUAUUUGCUUCUUGGAAGUAACCACUUAGACACUCCUGACUGGUCUAAAUUUUCAGGCUUUCCUUUGUUGAGGUACCUUGAUCUUUCCCUGAACAAUUUGGAUUCAGAAUUCCCAGAAUUUAUAUCUGAAUGUAGGAACUUGACCUUCCUGGAUUUGUCAGAAAAUCUUUUGACUGGCCAGAUACCAAAGGUGGUAGUUACCAACCUGGUCAAGCUUGAAUCUCUCAAUCUCACCAACAACCGAUUCCAAGGACCAUUCCCAUAUAACUUUCCCAACCUUAAGCACCUUAAUUUGGAAUUGAACAACUUUAAUGGUCCAAUUCCUGAAGGUAUUGGCUUCAUAUCUGGUCUUCAAUUUAUUAGCCUUUAUAACAACUCCCUUGAAGGCAAAAUCCCAUCCUCAGUAGGCCAACUCAGGGAGCUACAGCACCUAGACCUUGGAGAGAAUUUCUUGAACUCUUCAAUCCCUUCUGAGCUUGGCCUUUGUACAAAGCUCACUCAUUUGUCCUUGGCUGUCAAUAAACUCAGUGGGGAACUGCCUCUGUCCUUGUCCAAUCUCAACAACUUGAAUUUGGUGGAGUUGAAGUUAUCUGAAAAUCUGUUUACGGGGCCAAUCUUACCUUCUCUGAUCUCCAAUUGGACUAAGAUGACCACUUUGUAUCUCCAAAUAAAUAGGUUCAGUGGGAACAUUCCAGCAGAAAUUGGCCUUUUGACAAAACUCAAUUUUUUUUCUCUGCACGGCAAUAACUUCUAUGGAACAAUUCCCUCAGACAUAGGGAACUUGCAAGAUUUGAGAUACUUUGUUCUAUCAGAAAACCACCUAUCUGGGCCAAUUCCUUUGACAAUCUGGAAUCUCACACAUCUUGAGGUUGUAGAUCUUAAGUCAAAUGCUCUCAGUGGCACAAUUCCCCCAGAGAUAGGAAACCUGAAAGUUGUGAAAUAUUUGGACCUCUCUAAAAACCAACUUGAGGGUGAGUUGCCAGAAACCAUUUCUCUACUGACUAACAUACAGAUUUUUUAUGCAGAAGUCAAUAAGUUAUCAGGAACUAUUCCCAGUGAUUUUGGUAAAUACAAUCCUAAAUUGAAAGCUGUUGGCCUUUCGAGUAACAAAUUAUCUGGAGAAUUGCCACAAGAACUGUGCAGUGGAUUGUCUCUGGAAUAUAUCGGAGUGAGUCAUAACAGCUUCAGAGGGCCAUUGCCUGAGUGCUUGAGAUAUUGUUCUGCACUGAUUACAGUCUCGCUUGAUGGAAACCAAUUCACCGGAAACAUUAGCAAUGCAUUUGGAGUUCAUCCCAGCCUUACACAAAUUGUUCUUAGUAACAACAAGUUUGUUGGUCAACUCUCGCCACAGUGGGGAGAAUUCAAGAACAUCAUGGAUAUGCGGAUGGAGGGAAAUAGAAUUUCUGGUCAACUCCCACCUGAGCUGGGGCAGCUUACACAGUUGCAGCAUCUAAGCCUAGGCGCUAAUGAAUUCAGCGGGGAAUUUCCGGCUUUCAUUGCAAAUAUAAGCUUGUUGUACUCUCUAGAUCUAAGCAGGAACCACCUGACAGGAACAAUUCCUCAGAUUCUAGGCGGACUGAGUAUGCUGCAGUUUCUUGAUUUGUCUGCUAAUAAUUUUACAGGAGUAUUACCAGUCGAGUCUGGAACGUUCAAGAGCUUAAUAAGUUUGAACAUAAGCCACAACAAAUUAUCAGGUGGAAUAGCAGAUGAGCUUGGUAAUCUACCCCUGCGAUACUUGUUGGACCUCAGCAGCAAUUCCUUUUCAGGAUCAGUACCUUCAAACCUUGCCAAGCUCAUAAUGCUGGAGAUUCUUAAUGUCUCCCAUAACCAACUCUCAGGGAACAUCCCAGCAACAUUACCCAGAAUGCUUAGCCUUGUCGGCAUUGAUUUUUCUUACAACAACUUGACAGGUACAAUCCCAACCGGUGGCAUUUUCCAAAAGAAGCUUCCAAAUAAUGCUUUCAUUGGGAAUAGUGGUUUGUGUGGUGAUAGAGAUGGACUAACUCCAUGUACUUUAGGUACUAAAAGGUCCAACAAGAAAAUUCUUGUUGGCGUCCUUGUUCCCAUUUGUGGUAUAUUGCUUAUGGUGACCAUAUCUGCUGUAAUCCUCAAGUUCUGCAAGAAAUCAAAGCUUGGAGAAAUCGAUGAUCCUAAGGUGUCUGAAAGUUAUGAUUCAUUUAUUUGGGGAAGACAUGGUAAACUUAAAUUUUCUGAAAUCAUCACUGCCACCGAGAACUUUGAUGAGAAGUACCUCAUUGGAAGAGGAGGUUUUGGAAGUGUCUACAAGGCCGCGUUGGACAGAGGCAGAGUUGUUGCAGUUAAGAAAUUGCAUAUGUCAGUAGACUCUAGUGACGACAUUCCAGAGUUGAAUCUCAAGAGUUUUGAGAAUGAGAUAAGAACCUUGACAGAAGUGAUGCACAGAAAUGUAAUAAAACUUUAUGGGUUCUGUUCCUGGAAGGGGUGCUUGUACUUGGUGUAUGAAUAUGCAGAGAGAGGCAGUUUGAAAAUGGCAUUGUAUGGAGCUGAGGGUGAAGUAGAAGUGCUUGGCUGGGGAACUAGGGUGAAAAUUGUGCAAGGAAUAGCUCAUGCUAUUUCUCACUUGCAUAAUGACUGCUCUCACCAAAUAGUUCACCGUGACAUAACUUUGAGCAACGUAUUACUAGAUCCAGAUUUUGUGCCACGCCUAUCAGACUUUGGAACAGCAAAACUACUGAGCUCAGAUUCCUCAAACUGGACUGCUGUAGCUGGGUCUUAUGGCUACAUGGCUCCAGAGUUCGCAUUCACAAUGCAAGUGACAGACAAGAGUGAUGUAUACAGCUUUGGAGUGAUCGCGUUAGAAAUCAUGAUGGGUAAGCAUCCAGGGGAGCUACUGACUUCUCUAUCGGAAAAUGGAGAUAUGCUCUUGAAGGAUCUGCUUGACCAGCGACUUCGGUCUCCUUCAAGUCAAUUAGCAGUGCGAGUGGUUUCCUUGGUUACAAUGGCCUUGGCCUGCACCAGCAUUAAUCCAGAAUCACGACCAACCAUGCAUUCUGUGGCAAAAGAACUAUCAUCAGCCAGGACCCAGGCUUGCCUUUCUGAGCCGUUCAGCACGGUAACCAUCAAGAACUUGGCUAGUUUUCUUAACUAG